GUCCAAUAUUGAAUUCUACAAAAUUUUCAGAGACCCACAAAAAAAGGUACAACAAUCAUCAAAAGCAUGGAAGAACUGUUAAAGUAGAAAACACAGUUCAUGACCCAUCAUCAUCCAUUCUCUUUUUCCUUUUUCGGGUCUUGUGGUGUUUUUUUUUUCUUCUUUCUUUCUUUCUCCACUUUACAAAUUAAACAAAACAAACACUCUUUACUAAAACUUCACUCAUUCAUUCUUCUCUCUGCUUUGUUCCCUCCAUGCUUUACACUACACCUCUUAUUCAAUCAUUUUCAACACUAUGAAGGUUCACAAGAAUUAGAGAGUUUUCUCAAAGCACCAUUUAUUGUGAUUCAAUUUGGGGAAAAGCAGAUCAGCUUCAGAGAUUGCAAGUUUUGAUUUUUAUCUUUAUUUUAAUUUUAUAUGUAGUUAUCAUUAUUGGGAAGGGAAAAAAAAGCAGUGUAUUCAAUUCAAAGAGAAGAAGUGAACUUCCGGAAAGAGUGGAACAAAAUUUGGCGAGAUAUUCUCUUACCCUUUUGACUUGACUAUUUAGUUAGUUAAAUUAAUGUUUGUUUGUUUGUUACAUAGGAACUUGUUGUUGUUUUGUUAUUUUCAGUUUUCAGUAAACAUCAUCAUUUUCUCAUUAAUGCAAUCUUAUCUUGUUCCAAAUUAGUUCUGUGUUUGUUAAUCUAUCAUUAUGGGGGAUAUUAGGCUUAACAACCGUGUCGAUCAAGGCCAAACUAAGAUUAAGAAUGUUCCUAUAGCUGUUACACCUGAAGGUUUUUGGUGUUGUCCUUCACCUGUUGUGUUUCAAAAAAGUCUCAUCAAGAAUCAAAAUCCUUUGAAUAAAACUAAACCUUCUUCACCACCGCCGCCGCCGCCGAAGACUAGUGUUCAGAAAAAGGCGGUGCCUGUGGCUGUGACAGUGACUGAGAGAAGAGGUUCUACACAUGCUUCAUCUAGAUUAGUGAUUUCUGAUGAUCAACAAUGUAGUAUUGAUUCAGAAAGGGUAUCAGCAGGUACAUCUUUGGCUGGUGAGAGAGUUUCUUCUAGACCGAAAAUUGAAACUAUGCCGAGGAAGGUAGCUAUUGAGUUUGGUGAGCCUGGAACUUGUGAUAUGAAGGUUGUUUUGUUAGGGAAGCAGGGUUUUUCUGUUAAGUUGAGUGUGCAUAGGGAUGUUUUGAUUGAGAAGAGUAGUUUCUUUUCUGAAAAGCUCUCAGAACAAUCGGAUUUGUCUUGUUUACAAGUCGGGGAUUGCGAGGAUGUUGAAAUUUAUGUUGAAACUGUUGGUUUGAUGUAUUGCAAGGAAAUGAAACAGAGGCUCAUGAAACAAAAUGUUUCUCGCAUUCUUCGGAUUCUUAAGGUUGCAGAAUUCCUUGGCUUCAGCUCAUGUAUCCAAUCAUGCUUGGAGUACUUGGAGGCUGUUCCUUGGGUUGGAGAUGAAGAAGAAGAAAAAGUGGUCUCAACUGUACUACAACUCCAAGGCGAAGGAAUCGGGGUCAACCCUGUGUUGAAACGAGUUUCUUCCGACAUUUCCAAUGUCCCAAAAGACACACUUUCCCUCAUUAUUGAACUUGUUCUCAAAAGCAAUGAGGAAAAAGGUCGCCGAGAGAUGAAAUCCAUAGUUCUCAAGCUCCUCAGGGAGAAUAACAGUCUUCCAAGUUACGCGCGAUCCAACGAUAUAUGUAAUGACAUGAUAUAUAGAUCAUGCAGAAGCUGUGUGGACUCAUUGUUAUCUCUUUUCAAGCAGGUUGCAGAACCAUCCUUUGCAGAGAAACCAAGCAACGAAAGAGAUUCUGUAGUAAAGCAUAUAGCUCUUGAAGCCGAUAACAUUUCCUGGUUGCUCGAUAUUUUAAUUGACAAACAAGCAGCUGAUGAAUUUGCACUAAUAUGGGCAAACCAGCAUGAAUUAGCUUCCUUACACGCAAAGCUGCCUAUCGUAUCUCGCUAUCACGUUAGCUGCAUUUCAGGAAGACUAUACGUCGGGAUUGGUAGAGGAGAGUUGUUGCCGUCAAAGGAAACACGGCAGUUGUUGUUACAGACGUGGCUGCAGCCACUAAUGAACGACUACAAUUGGUUACAGCAUGGAUGCAGGUCGUUCGAUAGGAAACUUGUGGAGGAAGGAAUCGGGAGGACAAUUCUCACCUUGCCUUUGGAAGAUCAACAAAGUAUUUUGCUUUCUUGGGUUGGAAGUUUCUUGAAAACUGGUGAUAGUUGUCCUAAUCUUCAAAGAGCUUUUGAGGUUUGGUGGCGCAGAACUUUCAUUAGGCCGUACAUCGAAAAUCAAGGUAAUGUUGUGUCAGAUUGUUCAAUGGCGUCGAAGAAGGACGAAUAAAGAAGUAUAUGAUGAAACAAUAUGAGAUUUAUGAAUAUAGUUUCAGUGGUAUUAUGGUUGGUAGAAUUGCAUUUUAUAUAACAAGUUUUAAGGGAUUGUAGAGACUAAGUUGACAGAAGAAUGUGUGUUAACCUCCUCCAGCAGCUGACAAAAAGUUUAGUAUUGAAAAGUGUUAUUUGUGAUUGUAUGAGUUGAUUGUGGAUUCUAUGUGGAAACAAAAUAGCUGAAUUGAUGAAUUUGUGUUUUUGGUUUUUUGUAUAAUCUCUUCAAAGGAGUGGAGUGGAAUUCUUAGUUUUUUAACUAAUCUGAUUGUAAAGAUAGUAGCAUGACCUUAAAUCCUAGUAUUACUUUAUGAGUAGAAGAAGUGACAUGAGAUAAUGAAGUUUGUGUUGACUUGAAAA